AACCUCUUUGGUGUGGUGAAGAACUUUCGGGAGGAACACUUAGAGGUCCCUGCAGGCGAAGCCGAGCCACAGCCCUUUGUGAAGGCUGGGCUUCCGUUGAACAGCGUGGUUCGAAUCCUGAAGCUCCAGAAGCGGCCCGAGCUCAAUGGUCAGCUGGGCACCGUCGUGGGCUGGGACACCGUGGAAGAUCGAUGUCAGGUUCGUUUGGUCGAUGGGAGCGGUUUGCUUCUGAAGGUCGGGAAACGGAUUUCACAUGCCGGACGGAGGCCACCCACUGGGUCGCCAAAGCCUGACGAGGUGCCUGAGAUGAGAGUGGGACCAGCUCACUGUACCUUGAAGAUCCUUGAAGUGUCAUUCUGCCACCCACUGGGUCGCCAAAGCCUGACGAGGCGUAUCGCACCAAAUAUCUUGGUGAGAAUCAAGGGCAUCAAGGUUCGGCCCGAGCUCAACGGUCUGCAAGGCGUCGUCACCGCCUGGGAUCCACGUGAAGAAUCCUGGGCUGUUCGAUUGCAUGGGGCUGAAGCUUCUGCACAGAACCUCUUUGGUGUGGUGAAGAACUUUCGGGAGGAAGACUUAGAGGUCCCUGCAGGUGAAGCUGAGCCACAGCCCUUUGUGAAGUUGGGACCUCGACUCGGGAGGGGAACUCGCCACGGACUGAUGUGGUAG